UAGAUGUUAAAACCGUUUUCUUUUGCUUCUUUUAAACCCAGUGUGUAGAGAUGUAAACCUGGUUUCUUGUUCUAGUAUGUUCCAAGUUAACUAUAUAUUUAGCAAACAAAUUCUUGAGAAAAAAAAAUACUGUUUCUAAAUGUUCUGUGUAUUUUACAACAAAUAAAGAAAAUUCUUGCUUUAUUUUUUCUCAAUAUUUUUGCGAUUUUGAUAUUUUUUAUGAGUUAUGAUUCUAAAUAAUUUUUAAGUACUCAAAAUUCAACAUGUACUUUUGUCUUUUAAUGAGAAGAAUAUUCAAUGAUGUUUUUCAUGAAUUUAAAAUCUCCAUUAUAGUUUCGCUCCCUUUUUAGCCUACUAGUGAAUUUAUUACCCAGUUAAUUGCAGAUAAUGAUGUAAAGAAGAAAUUAUGGAUUUGGAAAUUGAUUUUGCUGGGAAUACUGAUAACAUAGUUAAGAUUGAAGAAGAUUGCAUAGACCUAGAUAGUGAUGAUACAGACUACAGUGAGCCAGAGGAGGAUUUUGAAGAAGAGGUGGUGGAGUUAAAUUCAUCUCAAGAUACUGAUCCUCCACCUACUCCUCCUCCGGUCAAGGAAGAGCCCCUUACUGUCCCUACUGUCACCUACAGUAAUGCGAAAUAUUUCAAAAAGCAACGAACUGUGAUCACAGGAAUUGUAGAAAAUAAAGAAAAAAGUUCAGAGCCCUGUAACAAAGUGUCCUUAGAAUCUAAUAUUCGUUACUUUACGACAACAAACUUUACCCCUGGAAGUAUUGGAGAAAACGGUCGGAAAAGAAAGCUUUGUGACGAGAUGAUUAAAGCUGAGUUUAGGGAAAUGGAAAUUAGACCAGAGAACGGUGAAGUCCUGUCGGAGAGGUUAGCCUGGGUUAAAGUUGAACCCGAGACUGAAAAAGAUUCUAAGGAAGACAUUAAGACAGUUUCGAAUGAAACUGAUGUAAAAGAUGAAUUAAACACGGACUGGAUAGAUGUAAAGAUAAAAGAAGAGUUUAACCCCGAUGAGUUCGGACCAAGGGAAGAGAAAAGUUUACGACUGUACAACAAGAUGAGAACCUGGUGGUUCUCAAAGUUUGGUUCAGAUCUCAACUCAGGAGAAAAGGUUCUUUUCGAAGGUAAAGUUAGGUUUCGUGUUCUUACAUACAACAUCCUAUCUCCGACUAGCCUAGAGAAGCAGAGACAUUUAUACAAGAACAAGAAGAGUUUUUUACUCUCCUGGGAGUACAGGCUCACUGGAAUCAAACGUGAAAUAGAAUCCUUGAACCCAGAUAUCAUCUGUUUUCAGGAAAUUGACUUUUUUGACUCAGAAACUGUGAACAAUGAUAUUUUAGAGUUUUUAGACUCUCGGGGGUUCAGUUACAAAGGAACCCAGAGAACUGGAGGAAAAACCGACGGUUGUGCAAUAUUUUUUAAGAGUUCUAUUUUCCAAUGUGAGGAACAUAAACUUGUCAAGUUUAAAAGAGAAGGGUUGUCCUUUCUCUCCGGGAACAGUGUUGGUGUUAUCUGCAGGUUCAAGGUGUUAAAUACACCACAAAGAUUAGUUGUGGGAACAGUCCAUUUACAAUACGGAGAGAGAAAACAUUUAACAAGACUUGCUCAAGCCGCCAUUUUUUUAGCAGGUGAGUUUUUAUUUAAUUCCACUUCAAGUGUAUGUUUUCUCAUCUUGAAUACUGAUUAAUGAAGGCCUCGCGCA